CCAUACCCCUCCCUCCUUCCUUGCAAUUGCUCCACAGAUCCCCUCUUCUCCCCCUUCCCCAUGGCUUCUUCUGCUCCCCCUCUAAAAUUUCCGAACUCUUUAUUCCCGUCUACAAAAAAGAGAGGCGAGCUUUUAGAUUUACCCUCUAUUACUCCAGUCGGCAAGAGUUGGAAGCCCUCGACGGUGGUCCUCGCCGGCAUCAAUGGGCACCCCCAGAUCAACGGCUCCGGCGGCCUCCGCGUGGCCUUCCAGGGUGCCCCGGGCGCCUACAGCGAGUUCGCGGCCAAGACGGCGUGCCCGGCCUGCACCACCAUCCCGUGCCGCGCUUUCGCCGACGCGAUCGCUGCCGUGGAACGAGGCCGCGCCGACCGCGCCAUCCUCCCCGUGGAGAGCACCAUGGAGGGCACCGCCCUCCGCAACUACGACCUCCUCCUCCGCCACGACCUCCGCAUCGUCCAGGAGAUCAACCUCUUCGUCCACUACUGCCUCCUCGCCAUGCCCGGCGUCCGCCCCGGCGAGCUCCGCCGCGUCAUCAGCCAUCCCAUGGCCCUCGCCCACUGCGGCCGCGCCCUUUCCCAGCUCGGCCUCCUCCGCGAGCCCGUCGAGGACACCGCCGGCGCCGUCGAGAUGCUCCGCUCCAACCACCUGCUCGACACCGCCGCCAUUGCGAGCCCCCGUGCCGCCGUCCUCUACGGCCUCGACGUCCUAGCGCAUGGGCUCCAGGACGAGUCCUGGAACGUCACCCGCUUCCUCCUCCUGUCGAAGACCGCCACCAGACCACCCCAGAAACCGGCCGGUGCCGGGCUGAAGACGAGCCUGGUCGUCGCCCACCGGGGCGGGUCCAUGAUGGUUCUGCUAAAAGUCCUCUCGGCAUUCUCGAAACGAAACAUCAAUCUGACGAAGCUGGAGGUGAUCAAUUCGUCGAACGAAGGGGAGGCGCCGGUGAUGAUACUGGACGUGAGGGGGAAGGGGUCGCUGAGGGCUUUCCCCCAUGUUUUGUACGUAGAUUUCGAGGGCUCCACGGAUGAGUCCAAGGUAAAGGAAGCCAUCGAUGAGAUCUCUUCUUUUUCGGUUUUUGUUCGUAUUCUUGGCAGCUACGUGGCCGAUCAUAAUGUUUAUGAUCUUCAAUAGGAUUAUACACCGUCUUCUUUUCAUCGUGAGCUGUGUAUCAUAAGUUCAAGUGCUUGCAUAUCUUCUUCCUAAGUAAUCAAAGUUUCCUUUGCUUGUGUACAAAUAUAGAGAUCGAUUUGGUUCAUGAAAUCUACUAUAUUGCUUA